UAUGGCAACAGCCCACUUGUUUGGAGGCGGAAGCACCACAGGCUAACGGUUGAGGCUCAGUUUGGAACUGUCUCAUAUUUGCCACCUUAAACCAGACACUUUUAGCAGCAUUCAUGGCUAACUUCAGGGCCCCAGAAACGAAGCGGGAACAGUUUAGAAGAUACCUGGAGAAAUCAGGAGUUCUGGACUCUUUAACCAGCGUGCUUGUGGCUCUUUAUGAAGAACCAGACAAACCAGACAAUGCACUUGACUACAUAAAGGUCCACCUGGGGGGGGUGGUGAGUGCAGAGCAGACGGACACUGAGGUUCUGCAGACAGAGCUGGCCGAUCUACAGCAGAAAUUCAAUCUGCUGAUGGAGGAGAACAAAGAGCUGAGGAACAAGUUGUUGCAGUAUGAACCGUCGCCUGAAGAGGGCGCUCCACAGCAGCCGGAGGGCGUGGUAUAAAAGAACAUUAAACUUGUCGUUUUCUUUGUACAGAAUGUAUUUCUUUAUUCAUUAUUACAGUGAAGUGAAGACAGACUGUUGAUUUUUGUUAAAUAAGAACCAGCUGCUGCUCCCGAAUAAAACUAUUUUCUGCCAUGUUUA